GUCAUUUGCAAGUACAACACAACUCUGUGCAGCGCUCCCCAUUCAUUUCCUGAGAGCUGCCUGCCUGUGUGCAGCAGCUGAGGCAGAAGGGGAGGGAGCUGCGCGUACACUCACACAUUCACACACGCACAAACACACAUGCACACACACUCUCACACACGUCCAUACUCACGAUAGCAGAGGAGACGAGGAGAGGGAGAGGAGACCGUGGAAAGGAAAACAGUCUCCACGGCUCUGAAGCUUCUGACACAAGGCCGCCGAAGAGACAGGAUGUUAAUGCUUGACGGAAUGCCUGCAGUCCGAGUCAAAGCCGAGCCCCUGGAAUCGCAACAAGGGUCCCCCAAAGUGCGGCCUUAUUCUGCGAUGGACGGCGUUCCCUUCUUCCUCAGCAGAGUGAAACCCGAACCUCCUGAAGACUUGCUCGCCCACGACCUGCACUUCCACACGCAGACUGAGCCGGUGGACCUGUCAAUCAACAAGCACCGCCCCUCAUUAUCCUCCACCACUACGUCAUCCUCCUCGCCGCUGCGAUCCGCCUUCUCUCCAUCCUCUCUGUCGUCGUCGUCCUCUUCGUCCUCGCCGUCGGUUAUCACCUCGGCGUCGUCGGUGCUCUCGCCGGGCCCUCUGGUGGCGCCCGGGAUGAGAGGUCAGCCAUAUUUGCACAUCCUGCACUCGGUGCCGCCGCCUCCGUCCAGCCCGCUGGGCCUGCAGGGCGCCGGAAAGCUGGGUGGGCGCGUACACCGCAUCCCGGUGGUGGUCCAGUCGCUGCCGCUCAUGUACACCACGGCCGUGCGUUCACCCUCCAGCCUCAACAACGCCAUCAUGCUACCUCUGCUGGACGACGCCAAGAGCCACGGAAAAGCCCACAUGGAACUCAACGGCCUGUCUCCGCGUCACAUCAAGAGUGACAGCGAUGACGACGACCUGCCAAACGUAACGUUGGACAGCGUCAACGAGACCGGCUCCACGGCACUGUCCAUAGCCCGAGCUGUACAAGAUUCAAUGUCACCGUUCAGUAUUGACAGCAUACGUCGCCCCCGGAGGUCGGAGUCGCCCGAUUCCAAAAAGCGGAGAAUCCACCGGUGCGAUUUUGAGGGCUGCAAUAAGGUUUACACCAAAAGCUCCCAUUUAAAAGCACAUCGAAGGACACAUACAGGAGAAAAGCCUUAUAAAUGCACCUGGGACGGCUGCACGUGGAAGUUCGCCCGCUCAGACGAACUGACCCGCCACUACCGGAAGCACACGGGCGUCAAGCCCUUCAAGUGCGCGGACUGCGACCGCAGCUUCUCUCGUUCGGACCACUUAGCCCUGCACCGGCGCCGACACAUGCUGGUGUGAGACAAGUGAGAAAUGAUCAGAAGGAAGGAUCCAGCACGCGCAGGGGAGCCGGAUCUCCCUGGGAAAUGUUCUUCAGCUGGCCUGGACACGCAGGAAAUAGAUGGCGCGGAAGAAGAAAGAAAACAGGGUCAAAUUGGGAUCCUCUCGGAAGGAACAGUCAGGAGCUUUUAUUGUCUUUUACAGCACUGUUUGGAAGUUUUUAACAUGGACUCUUUAAUCAGACAGGGGAGGAAAUUGCAAUUUUCAGAAUUUUUUUUGUCUUUAUAAUGUGAAAGACCCCAGAGUCUGGAGUUUUCUUUCUGCCAUUUUUUUUAAUGGUGAUGGAUCUCCAGAAGCAGACCGGAUUCGUCCGCAGAGGGCGCCACUUGAUCACGGAUGAAUUCCUCUGGCCUUUGAAUGAACCACCCGCAAGCCCAUUAACACAAAAGCCAAUGUUUGGCUGGACUAACUUUCAAAUUUCAUCAUUUGACAAAAACUACAACAACAAAAAUCUGGAGCCUCUCUGUUGGAUUUUUGUGCUGUGAUGAAGCAAUCAGAUCAAGUGCAAUCUUAAUGGUUACAACAGUAUACACUUUCUUUCAAUCACCUUUUUUCCUAUCAGGGGCCACUUUAGUCCUCUGAGGGCCAUACUAAAUUUGUGAAAAAAAAAUACCAUCGGACAAAUGUUUAUUAUUAUUGUUAUUAUUAUGUGUUAUGAGCCUUUGUGGGUCAAAUGUUUUUCGAGGGCCUUAUUUUCCUCAAGGUUUCAUUGCUUGCUUUAAACGCUUCAGCAACAUCGUGUACAGAGAACUUGACAACAAUCAUGAGAAGGACUUUACUUACCUUACUUUUUCUCUUGGCUGGUUUUGAAAUUUAUGGAUUUUUUUGCACAGCAGCACUUGACUUUCAAAUGGCUUAAUUGUUACAAAGAUGGCGGCAAAUGCACAUGCGCAGAAGACAUAAAAAGAAUGCAUUUUGGUUACAGAUGUCGUGUGGGUGAUUGAUGUCAGUUUUUUUUCUCCCGUCUGUACGCAUUAUUUAGCUGCCUCGGAGGUCAUCAACUACAAAAUACUUAGUCUGGAUUGUAAUGAGAACUAAAGUUGACGUUUUGUUACAUCCUUCCUUAGCGUACUUUAUAUGGGCAAAAGUAUUGGGACUACAUAACACAAACAACCCUAAGUGCAGUGGGAUCUCAAAAUUCCCCACCCAGGAAAAAUUGGCAAAUGAAAUAGUCAGUCUCAGGGUCAAACUGUCGCCCAUAUAACACUUUCCUUUACUCUACUGUACGGUUACUGUAGUUAAAUGACCAACAUCGGGUCUAACCCACCUCAGUGAAUUCAUGGCACACACUGGUCACAAAAAUACAACUUUAAAUGGUAUAUCGAUUUGAACUUUUUUUUUUUUAGUACAAUUUAAAAAAGUGAUUUAAGUAGGAAUUAAAACUGCAAAACAUCCGCCCGCAAGAAACCCACACAGGCUUUAACAUGCAAACUCCACACAGGAAGCUCCAAAUUGUUUAGAGUGUUCAAAUUUGCGUUUCCACUGUACUUAAAGAUUUGAUCAUCCCCAAUUCUUUUGCCCAUAAUUAACAAGAGAACAAAGAGAAAAAUCCCCAAUACAAAUACCAAUAUCUUUCCCACAAUAUUUAGAAUAUACCAUGGAUGAUUUUUUUUCUCAUAUGAAAUGCAGAAAUGCUUGUUCUGCCCACAGUGUUAAAAUAGUCAAGAUUCGUGUUAAAAUAGUCAAGAUUCUUUGAUAGUGAAAUUUUUCUUUUUUUAUUGGAGCCAAGCCAGUAAAAGGAACCAGUGACCUUUAUGUUUGUGUGUAUAUGUGUAUAUGUACACACACACACACACACACAUCCAUACACACACACACAUAUAUAGCACACACACAUAUAUAUAUAUAUAUAUAUAUAUAUAUAUAUAUAUAUACGGACAUACAUAAUAGCACCUUGUUAAAGCUCGACACCCAUGAACACCCGCCCUCAUACGUAUUAACCCCAUGUUUAAAAUGUAUAUGUUCGCUUUAUUUAUGUACUGUAUAUAAUUUGUGCACAUAUCAAUGUGUUUGUUAUGUUAGUGACAGAAUAUCAGCACCUUGUUUGUUUACUAUUAUUAGUUGAAUUUUUGUAAAAUGAUUUUGAAUGAAGAUGUCAAUUUAUAAACAAAAAAUGAUCAUCAUUAUCAUAUUUUAUGAUCUAUAUAAUAAAUAUAUAUAUAACAUUUUAUGAUUGAGGGUCACUUAAACAUGCUUAUAUUACUUUUCUUUGUGUACAAAAAUGUUGUAAUAUAUGUGAGGACGUUUUAAAGACGUGUGUGUGUAUAUAUGAAUAUACUGGAUACAGUAUAAUGUAUAUACGUACGUUGGCUAAAAAGGGCUCUUUGAUUCGAGGUGCAGGAUUUAUACAUGAGUCUUUUUUCAGAUUUUCAUUCAAAUUCAAUUGUUGUACACAAUCAAACAUGGGGCUAAAGGCUGUUCAAUUUCACUGGUUGGAUUAGUGGUUACACAAAACAAUACAUAUUUGACUUUACCUGAUAUUUUUAUGUUAAACUUGGAAGAAAAAUGGUGCCAAAGUUGUUUACAUAGCAGUUUCAUUUUUUGUUAUUUCACCAACAAUAAUAAGACCUUUUACACUUUUUAUUUAGUAUGUUUACAUUUCAGCGUGUUCCACAUAGUCAUAGUUGCUUUAUUUGUUCCAAAAGCUUAAAUUUUGAAUUAUCGUAAAUAUUAAGUCAAUCCAAUUUGUUUGUUUAUUGUUUUUCUGUUUACAAUAUUUCACAAAAUAUCACAUCAGCAAAAACAUAUUUUUCAAAAAACAAAAUUGUGUGGUUUAUAUAAAAUAUUAGGUAAAGUCUCUUGUAUUAAUCUAUUUUCAAUUCAAUCUUUUUUGGGGGAGGUUAAAAAGUAUUCAAUGAUCAGAAUGAUGAGUUUUGUUUGUAUACAAAUCCCACCUAAAUUCCAAAUCAGAAUAUGAAUUUGUUUCAUCUUAGCAGUGUUUUAAAAAAAUUACAUCCUGUCCUGACAGGGUGUAUUGUAUUUUCUCUUGAACAUCUUUUUAAAACCUAAUUGUGUAACGGUAACCAGGGUCAAAGUUAUGCAAUAAUAACAAUGCUAAUAAUAAUGUUUAUAAGUAGUGCCUCGUGUCACGUUACUGCUCCGUGCAGCAUUUUCAUUUGAUGGAAUAAUUUUUACAUCACAAAGCAACAGUUUAGGGGGAGAAAAAAAGCACAGACAACGAUAUGCAAGUCGUACUACCCAUAUUUUUAAUAGCAGUGAAUUUUCCGGAGUGAUUAGAUGCGUUGGUUGCAUCCUAGCACUAACAUCAUACACUGUUCAUAUUAUGAACUUCAUAAUACACUUUCUUACAAAAAAUAUUUGAUUCAAUCAAAUUUAUUUUAUGAUCCCGCAAAAAAAGAAAACACACAACAAGGAAUCCUACUCAACGUAGAUCGAUGCCUUUUUCUCAAUAAAUGAGUCUAUCGGUUCUAUAUUUACUUUACUCUCAAUGUACUUUUUGAUUUUGUGGUUCAGAAGAGUAGUGAAGCCGGCGGCUGUAUUUAAAUUUGCAGAUACUUCGUACAGUAUAUGGUUGUUAUUGUAUUUAUGUAAAGUGAGUGUAGUGUAAAUAGCUUUCAACCUUAUUUCCGAUCUUGACGUAAUGAAAAAUGUGAGCUUGCUCAACAGACCACAAAAGGGAGAUUUUGCUCACGGAAUAAUAACACAAUUGUACUUUUUUUUUUCAGAGGGGGGUGUCAAAUCUUUAAAAAUAUGGUGCCCAUUAUUUGUGUUACUCUUUUGUUUUUUUCUCAGAGUUUAAGUAGCCUAUCCAGUCUGUGCUUUGUCUUCUACUUCUUCUGUAUUUCUUUUUUUCAAAUGGAUGGAGCUGUGAAAUUUAAAUAAUUUGAAACAUUUAAAUGUAUAUUAAAUGAAUGGCGGCAUGAAGGUUAAUAAAUUUGCGUUUUAUAUGUAA